UUUCAAUGCUUGACGACAGUGAAAUGGGACACGGACGAGGCGCGUCGUUUCGAGUUUAGCGUUUAUUUACAUAGUUGAAAUGGUUCCAAAGCGAAAGAUCCGAUUUUUGAAGAUAAAAAAUUCGAGGGUUCCAGCCAAAAUAACAGAGAGAGAGAGAGAUUUGGCUUGAGGAGGGUGUAGAAGAUUUGUUUCCUUUCCGGAAAUCCGACAGACCGCCCCUCCAAGUUUUCGCAUUCUCUGUUCAUCCGGAGCUUCGAUUUCCCCAGUACCGAGAGCUGCAAAAUAUCGAACUUUACUCAAUCCUUUGCUUUAUUCCAACGCCAGAAGUCAGGGGAUGACUGCAUCGAAGAGGUAGUGUGAAUUCCGCUCGCCUUUCUUUUGUGGGUCUCGUUUGCUGGUUUUCUUUCCGUCUCCUCCUUGCGCGACGUGAAUUGAUUGUUUUGCGGGGUUGGAAAUUUGUUGUCUUUCUGGGUCGGAACGAGGCAUUGGGACUUGAUGUGAAGUGGGUGGGCAUUGAUUGAGGGAGAUCUUGUGGGAUUGAGGAGAGAUCAUGGAGCCUCCGAGGGGGGCUCUGGCUAAGAUAUGGAACUUCAUUUGCUUCUUGCCUUACUUCAUUGGGCUGCUGCUCUUGGGCAAUUUCAAAGGUGUCAUAUUUUGUCCCUUCGCGUGCCUUAUCAUAACAAUUGGCAACUCUGCUAUUAUAUUGGGUCUUUGGCCCAUUCACUGUUUCUGGACUUGUCAUUGUAUCCUGAGAUCAAAGCAAUUAGGGCCUGGAUUGAAGCUUGUCCUUGUACUGUGCCUGCCUAUUCCCUUGGUGUUGUGGCCAGUGGUUGGCAUUGCUGGCAGCAUCAUUGGUGGGAUAGCGUAUGGGUUUCUUUCACCAAUAUUUGCCACUUUUGAUGCUGUUGGAGAGGGGAAGACCGAUAAGUUUUUCCACUGUUUCUAUGAUGGAACUUGGAGCACAAUCAAAGGGAGCUUCACUAUUGUCCGGGAUUUUGGGGAUUUUUGCUUCCACUCUUACUUAUCUUAUAUGAAUGACCUGUGGCAUCAGGGGCCUGCGGAAGGGAAAUAUUAUGAGAUUAGGUUGCUAUAUCUUCCGGGUACUGUUAUAAUUGGAGUGUUUGGAUUUAUGGUUGACAUGCUUAUGAUCUCACUCAUUGCCCUAUACAAAAGUCCUUACAUGCUCUUCAGGGGAUGGCACCGUUUGUUUCACGAUCUCAUUGGUCGUGAAGGCCCAUUCCUGGAGACGAUUUGUGUUCCAUUCGCGGGUCUUGCCAUUAUACUCUGGCCUUUGGCGGUGGUUGGAGCCGUAUUGGCCUCCAUGCUAUCCAGCAUCUUCCUUGGCACCUUUGCAGGAGUUGUUGUUUAUCAGGAGUCCUCCUUCUGGUUGGGGCUCUGUUAUGUUAUGGCAUCCUUGUCGAUCUAUGACGAAUACAGCAAUGACAUUCUUGACAUGCGAGAAGGGUCCUGCUUUCCUAGGCCAAACUACAGGAGACAAAAGGCCGAGCUGUCAAAGACUUCCUCUCGUGCUGCUUCUUUUAAAAGGCCCCCAGCUCGUGCAGAUUCAAUAAAAGACACCAUUAUCGAGUUAAAACCAAUUCAGUUACUUGACGGCUUGUUUGACGAGUGUCAACGCCAUGGAGAAAGCAUGGUAUCUGAGGGAUUGAUAACCCCUCGAGACAUUGAAGAUGCCAAAGCAAGCAGAGGUAGUGGAGUGAUAAGCAUAGGCUUGCCAACUUAUUGCCUGCUACAAGUGCUCUUGCGUUCAGUAAAAGCCAAUUCUAUGGGCAUCUUACUGCGUGAUAAUACUGAAGUAACAAGCACCAAUAGACCUAAAAAUGCAAUAUUUGAAUGGUUCCUUAAUCCCCUUUUGAUUAUCAAGGAGCAGAUUAAAGCAGAGAACCUCAAUGUGGCCGAGGAGGACUAUCUUUGUAAGCUUGUUUUGCUAGGUGCUGACCCCGAGAGGUUCAAGAAUUCAUAUAUAGGCCCACCUCCUGAACCCGAGCGUAAAAGAGCUGAGCUCGAAGCUUUAGCUCGAAGGCUCCGAGGGAUCACCAAGUCCAUAUCGAGGUAUCCAACAUUCAGGCGUCGAUUCGAUGCUCUCAUAAAGAUAUUGUUGGAGGAUCUUGCCAAGAAGAAUAUUGGAAACAAAUCCAAUGGCGGGAGCCGAAGCAUUAGCACUUCAAGAUCGAAGAGCGCCAUUGUACGAAUAUUCAGCCAAAAAUCUUUCAAGGUUGAAAAGUCUAAUGACGGGUCCGUUCAAGAGUCACGACACGCUCCCAGAGACGUUGAUAUUGCAUGAUGACCAUGCGACUGGUCGAUGUUUACCCUUCACGAGUGUAAUAUUUCCCUACCUUCUUCCCCGGCCCAUUUCAGUUAGGAUCAAGUGUAGUUUCUAGUUUUCUGUAGAGUGAGUCUAUUCUUUGUUUCUCAAAGAGAUUGGAAAUAGACGAAUUCUGAUGACAGAUCAGAGCUUGUAAUUGUAACCUCAUGAAAAAUUAUGCAGCAAGAUGCCAAUGAAGAGGUAACAUUAAAGAGA